AUGCCUCCACAUCUUCUUUCCUGGGCCACGGUCCUCGCUCUCACCUUAGCACUCCUGUCAACCCCCCUCAUUGCCUCUCCUGCCGUCUACGUACGUCAGCCAUGUACAUCCAACCACCUAGUUUCCCGCGAUGGCGCCGCGGAGGAGGGAGAUAGGGUUGGUGCUUCGGCUAAUACUGGAUUGAAGGCUCGUCAGUUGACUACUGGUAACGGGAGGAGACCUGGAGCUAGUUUGGGCGCUGGCACUGACACGGGAACUGGUACUGGCACUGGCACUGGAACAGGAGACGUCGCCAGUGGUGCCUCAGGCACUGGUCUACCGAACGCUGGUCAAAGCGCAGUAAGUGGGACUGGGAAGACAGGUGAAUCGGUCGGAAAUGGUCAAACUGGUCAAACUGGCGCAACGGGAGACACAGGAACCGGUCUGACCGAUGACACCUCCGCAGGCUCCGUCAACACCACCGGCUCAGCAGCCAGUGCAGGCGGAACAUGGCAAGGUCCACGCGGCACGGUCCAAAAGAUCGGAAAAUCUUACCAAGCGACCGUCUCUGGCUACGGAGUCUGCCACAGCCAGCCCAUCGCAGCCGGCAAAGCGGGAAAAUGCGGAUUUUGGGGGAACUUCGAGGGAAAAUGGAGAGCGCCAACCGCCGCGAUGUCAGGCGCGUUCAACGAACCCCCGGGCCCAGGAGUAUGCGGAAGCUGCUGGAUGCUGGAAGCGCCGCAAAGGAUCUGUCGUAGUCCGGCGAAUCCAAAGCCAGGGACUCCAGUGGACUGCCCAGUGGGUAAGCCGGGCGUUUUGAAGAAUCCGGAUGGGAGCACGCAGUGUCUGUGUGGACAGCCGGAUCCGAAGAGUAAGAGUGGAUUGAUUGUCAUGGUGGAUAAUACGUGUGCCUGUGGUGCGGAUCAGGCACCUGUGAAUCAGUGCUGUCAGAAGAAAGUUGGGGACGUGGAUGGGUUUGGGAGUAGUACUGUCGUGGAUCUUUGCGCUGAGACCGAUGCUGUGGCCGCGUGGUUUGGGGGAAUACCUGACCCUGUUAAGGUUAAUGCGGGUUUUAAUGUUGCAACGAUUACCCAGGUGGAUUGUGCAGCCUGGCCGGGAAAUUUGGGCUUUCAGGCGGGUUGGUCGCAUUAUAAGGGCGGGCAGGGGCUCGUGAGUCCUGAUAUUGUGCCGGAUGCUAGUGGUGGUGGUGGUUUGAGGGCUGGGGUUGGUGGAGGGGGAGGGGCCAAUGUCACGAAUUUGAGGGAGAGAGGGUUUGUUGAUGGGGAGAUGGUGGAGGAAGUGGAAUGGUAG